AACAGAAAAAUAUACUUCUUGCGUGCCUUAAAAUCUUUUACAAGCGCAUAGAAAUCAGACUCAAAAUUGAAAAUAUUUUGGAGGCCUGGAUAAAGUUCUACACUACCAAUAUACUUCUUAACCCCCAGGCCUGACGUAAUAUACAAUAAUACAUAGAACCAACAACUUUUCAGAUGAAUUCAUUUGAAUUUCAACUAUUGGGGCUGUGCCGACAACACCCCUCGGUGAAGCGGCGCCGCGAACGCUAUUUUACAGAAGGCCGUACCUGAACGGUCUGUCAUGCAUGUCAUCGUGACAGAAGGAGGACAGCUGGCAUUGUGACAGUCAAAAAGGCCAUCUGCAAGUCAUCGUUGCUUCAACCCGAUACUGUAACAGUCUCAAAUUCUAAAAUUUAGUUAUUACUCCAUCUAAUAUAACAUUUGUUGGUCUAAAGCUAGUAGCCUGAAUUAAAAUCAUACUAGUUUUCCAGACGUAGGUAUAAAAUAAUAUCGAUUGAACUUAAAACUAAUAAAAAUGUUAUGUUUACAGUAAACUUAUAAAACCUAGGGUAUCUGAUACGAUUUCUCUAAACAUUGUAGAAAGUUCACUAAAAUCCUUGAAGCUGACACGAUCCAGAAAAGACGUUUGCUAUCGAGUUUUAGUGUGACGAUAUCCCACUCCAACAAAAAUCUUCAAGGAUUUUAUAGUUCUCGGGUGUCGGAAUGGAGAAACAUCAGAAACCCAGCGGUUACAGUUGCAAAUCCUGCACAAGACCUGACGCCGAGGAAGAAAAGUGGGUCGCUUGUGACGGAUGUAAGCUCUGGGAGCACUUCGACUGCGCAGGGGUGGACGAGUCGGUGCAGAAUCGGCCCUACCACUGCAAAAAAUGCAUUGCGGAAGCUGUACCCGUAGCGUCAUCAUCUCGUGGUCUGAAACCACCACCAUCCGAAGGUAGGUCGCUACGAUCAACAACGGCCAGGUCGGGCCUGAAACCUCUCAAUAGGGUGACCCAAUUGGCAUCGAAUUUUUCUCGAAGUGCUAACAGCACGACUUCGAGUAUCCGUGCCGCUCAUCUACAGGCGCAAAUGAAGCUGGUCGAGGAAGAGCAAGUACUGAAGGAGCAGGAACUGGACGCCCAGGAAACGAUGAGAAAGAAGGAACUGGAGGAAGAAGAACGCCAACUUGAGGAAAGAAAGGCGCUUCUGGAAGCAGAAGCAAAGCUGCGACAGCGAAAACUUCGUGAGGAAAAAGAGUACCAGAGAAAGCAGCAGAUGAUCAGGAAAGAAUCUAUGGAGAAGAAGAACAGCAUUGCCCGACAGUUGAGUGAAUGUAGUAGUAGAUGCGAAUCGAUUCCUGAUCCCGAAAAGCGAGUGUCCCAGUGGCUACAACAAUGUGAUGAUUCUCUACGGAAUAACCCAGACGAUGCAGCACUUGACGGAGCGAACCCACUACAUCCGAAUCAAUCAGGAGCAGAUAUCAUCCUGGAACGACAGAUUUCACGAAUCUCUCUGGAAGCCACAGACCACCAUGGACCUGUAACCGACCAGAAAUGCCCGGACCCUAAUGUAGGACAGGAAGCACGACCACAGAGACACGCCAAUUGUGAGAAUCCAGCAAGUGUACAAUUCGAUCUACCAAGCAAUAUCUUCGAUCGCUUCGAUCGUUCGAUGCAUCCGUAUUCCGAUACCGUCCGGCGACCAGUACCUCAACGAGAACCGGAAACACAACCGUCACGGAACUCUAACCAGCCACGUCAACUGUCUCCAUUUGCGUUGCCACAACCAAGUAUAACUCCAGCAGCUGUAGCAUUUCCCGCGGCCCUUAGUGCGAGCCAACUAGCAGCUAGGCAAGUGAUGGGAAAAGAUUUGCCUAACUUCUCCGGCAAUCCCGAAGAUUGGCCAAUCUUUAUAUCAAGUUUUGAGCAAUCGACAGCAGCGUGUGGGUAUACUGAUGCCGAAAAUUUAAUUCGAUUGCAGCGAUGCUUGAAAGGACACGCGCACGAGUCCGUGCGCAGUAGACUUCUUCUUCCCGCGAGCGUUCCACAAGUUCUCAAGACCCUGCAUACACUCUAUGGUAGACCAGAACUACUGAUACGAACUCUUAUCGAGAAGGUACAUCGUACUCCAGCCCCUAGGCAUGACCGACUCGAGACUGUAAUAGAGUUUGGUCUAGUGGUACAGAAUCUCGUAGACCACUUGAAGGCGGCGAAGCAGUACGCACACUUGUCCAACCCUGUACUGAUGCAGGAGUUAGUCGAAAAACUUCCUGGUUCGCUGAAAAUGGACUGGGCAAUCUACAAAAGCAAGCAGCCGUAUGCCACUCUGGCAACGUUCGGAGACUUUAUGACAGGAUUAGUUGAUGCAGCUAGUCAGGUGACAUUCGAGCUUCCGAGUUCAACGCAAAACUUAAGGAGCGAGCAGCGACGAUCGAAGGAGAAGAGUACGUUGCACACCCACUCUUUGAUGCCAUCUCAAUUUGAACCGUUAAAUCCGCCGUCUAGCCAAAGCAAAUCAGGUAAGCGAUGCGUGGCAUGUGAACGAGAGGGGCAUCGGGUUGCAGAUUGUCAUCGGUUUAAGGCUCUAAACAUCGAGGAACGACGAAAAGUCGUUCAGCAGAAUGGACUGUGCGAGACAUGUUUGAACGGCCACGGCAAAUGGCCGUGUAAGUCUUGGCAAGGAUGCGGAAUUCAGGGUUGUCGCGAAAAACACCAUACACUUCUACAUCCCCUUUCUUCCCAAUCUACCUCGAACGUUUCCAUCAAUCAUCUUAUGCAUUAUAGUGGUGUCUCUCCUAUGUUUCGGGUGCUUCCGGUAGUACUCUACGCGCAGAACAGAAAGGAAGUCGUUUUUGCAUUCGUUGAUGAGGGUUCGUCCAAUACAUUUGUUGAAGAGACCGUCGCGGACCGCCUGGGUGUAUCCGGGCCUGUGGAACCAUUAACUCUGGAGUGGACGGGCAAGGUAACACGAGAGGAACGUAGAUCACAACGCGUGCAGCUAGACAUUUCUGGAGAGGAUAGUUCAAGCCGCCACAAGCUGCGUGAAGUUAGGACAGUAGGUUGCCUAGUAUUACCUGUACAAACAAUGAAGUACAGCGAACUCUGCCGUCGAUAUCCUCAUUUGCGUGGACUACCUCUGAAGGAUUAUGAGCUGAUCCAACCGAAACUAUUGAUUGGAUUGGAUAAUCUUCGACUAGUUGUUCCCCUUAAAGUGCGAGAAGGUGGAAUUGCCGACCCGAUAGCAGCGAAGUGUCGACUUGGUUGGAGUAUAUACGGAUGCUUGGCAGGUUCCCCGUCACCGCGUGCCGUUGUUCAUUUUCAUGUCGCUGCACCUGAAGAUAAGGAUCGUUUGCUGAACGAACAGCUUCGUGACUAUUUUGCGCUGGAGGACACUGGAAUAAGUUAUCAGUCAGAAUUGUUGGAGUCUGAUGACGAAAUGCGAGCGAGAACUAUAUUGCAACAAACGACGAAACGUACGCAGAGCGGAUUCGAAACCGGGCUACUGUGGCGGAACGACGACCCAGAUUUUCCGGAUAGCUAUCCAAUGGCUGUCCAUCGAUUGAAGGCUUUAGAGCGAAAAUUGGCAAAAGACACAUUCCUACUUGAUCGAGUUCGUGAGCAGAUUGACGAGUAUGUGCAAAAGGGCUAUGCUCAUAAAGCAACUGAAUCGGAAUUGAAGAGCGUGGAUCCCAAACGAGUAUGGUUUUUGCCGUUAGGAGUUGUCGUUCACCCCAAGAAACCAAACAAGAUACGGCUGGUGUGGGAUGCAGCAGCAACGGUGAAUGGAGUCUCCUUUAAUUCUAAACUGCUGAAAGGACCAGACCUUCUAACACCACUCCCAGCAGUUCUUAACCGUUUUCGCCAAUAUCCAGUAGCUGUCUGCGGUGACAUCAAAGAGAUGUUUCACCAGCUCUUGAUACGUGAACAGGAUCGUACGGCACAGUGUUUUCUAUGGCGAAGAAGUCCCGUAGACCCAAUACAAAUCUACGUUAUGGAUGUAGCAACAUUCGGAGCAACAUGCUCACCGGCUUCUGCGCAAUAUGUAAAAAAACUUGAACGCGCAGGAGUUUGCCGAACUUUAUCCACGUGGGGCCAAUGCAAUAAUAAAAAACCACUAUGUCGAUGAC